GGCAAAUACAAAACAUGGAUACCAGCGCGUGGGUCAAAAAGGUCAAGUCUGCGAAAGCGACUGUCAUUAUUGAGGAUGGUGAGCCGUCAUUAAUUUACCGAAACGCUGGAGUCAUACUUUUCACCAGUUAUUUUGAAGCUACCCGUUUCGCAUUAUAAAUUAGGACUGAAAUCAAGUAGAAUUGAAUCCAUUUAUAUGUACUACAUUUAUCCAGUUGGUCACGCUCAUGCAUACUGAGCAUCUUACACUGAAUUUUCCAUCAUAAAUGUACAGGACUGUCGUGUCAAAAAAUGGGCCACUACCUGGUUCGUCUAUUCUACUCAAGCUUUUCAAUUUUGUAUCGCAGUAGUAGUGAAUAAUACCUUCAUUUCUCAAUACUACGAAACUGAAGUUGUGCCUUCUUAAAACAUUUACAGGAAAGCGUAAGGUCCACUUCUUAUUUCCUGAAGGUUUGCAAAUGGUUGAAGAAUAUGACUUGUCUACCCAUAAUCUACUGGCAAGGAAAUUUAGAAGCAAAACCGUACUUGGUGGGGACGGACAGUGGGAAUAUGAAGUUGGAGAAUCACUUAGGAGAGAAAACCAGUUUUCAGAGCAUCUAAUGGAGUCAUCACAAGCUCCACUGUUCAGUCGUAGUGAUGUUCCACAUGCAUUCCAAUGGCGUAUCCGUAACUUACCUUACCCGCUAGAUGUGUACAGAGUUUCCGUUGAAGAUGGAAAUAUCUUAUUGCGGACCACCAACAAAAAAUAUUACAAAAAGUUCAACAUUCCGGAUAUGACCCGAAUGGGUUUACCCCUAAACGAAAAGUCCAUAUCAUUAACCCAUGCUAACAAUACUCUUCUGAUUUCGUACAAAAAGCCGGAAGAAAUAUUAGAAAACGAAAAACUAGUCCGGCAAUAUGUAAGUACAUUAAAGCCAGUAGAGCAACAAGAAGACUGCAAGACAUCCUGACCAAAUAUAAUAGUUUACUUAGUC